GCAUAGUACAAUAAGAAGCACCAUGAAGACCGUAUCCAUUCUCGCACUUGCGGCCCCCGUUGCCGCAUUCACCUCACAGAAUGUUGCCACUCGGCAAUCGACCCAGAUGUCGGAGACCAAGGUGCGUGCGUAAGACGAGGCGUCAAACGGGCCUCGAAAUGAGGUGCCGACCCAAAUUCCGUCCUUGCCUCGUUUUGUCAUCGUGCCGUAGAUUUACUAACGUGUUGCUCCCGAUGCUUCCUCCGAUAGGCUGACCUCGAAACUUUGGCUGGCGAACUCAACCCUCUCGUCAAAUUCUGGGAUCCUUUGAACCUUGCCGAUGCCGGUCUCUACGGUAUGGAUGCGGAAGAAUCCAUCCGAUUCCUCCGAGAAGCCGAAAUUAAGCACGGACGUGUCGCCAUGGCUGCUUUCGUCGGACACGUUGUCCAAUCCAACGUUGUCUUCCCAUGGAAGUUGACCACCGAUGGUGUGUCUUACCCUAGCACCGACCUUUCGCCUCCCGCACAGUGGGAUGCCCUUCCUUUGGCAUCCAAGUUGCAGAUCAUUGGAUUCGUCGGAGUCCUCGAAUGGUUCUGGUACGUCAACAAGACGGACAAGAUCGGAGAAUACCCAAGCUUCAAGGGCAAGCUUCCCCACCCAGUUCCUUUUGAUCUCUUUGAUCCCUUCGGAACCUCCAAGAAUAAGUCGGAGGAAGCCAAGGCACGUGGACUCAAGGCCGAAAUCAACAACGGUCGAUUGGCAAUGAUCGGAAUCUUUGGAUUCGUUACGGCCGAAACCGUGGAAGGAUCCGUCCCCACACUGACAAGCAUUGUCAAGCACUACGACGGAAACUACUGGGCUCCUUUCGAAAGCUUGUAAACGAGACUUAGUUGAAUGGAAGACGUGAUUGCCCUUCCUGCAUCAAUCCAUAAAUCAUUCGGUCCCGUCGAGUCGGUUGGUGGUUGACCGGUCUUUUCGCAAUAGGCUCUUACCUUUUUUAAAUAGCUAUGCAGAGGUCCUAUUUUUGAAUUCAAAUACAAUAGACAAAUUGAAAGAUAGUUCCUAAUUUUCCUCAUCGAUUGCAGUCUGCCAUACACUCGACAUGA